AGCGACGUUUAUAGACACAGCAGUCGUGUCUCACACUACGGUGUGUUCUAUAAGAGAUUUUUUUUGGCAAACAACGAGAAAACACGUCUGUCGUGAUUUAUAAAUAGAUACAUGUUAAAUAUAGCUAUGCGCAUCACGCUUUCGCGGGAAGGCUAGCAGAAGAGCAGAAUAACAGCGGCACGUGUCAUGGCGAGUGUUGUUGUCAUAUUGAAACGCCGCAUAUUGAGCGUCACGCGUCAUUCGAUCGUAAAACUCGUAUGAAUUGACUUAAAUCGUCAUGAUGAAGGAGGAUUCCGUAUUGAGUUUCAAGUGGCCGAGCUUCCCGUCUCAUUUGGUGGUUUCUCUUGAUACUUGUUACGAAAAACAACAAUUUGUCGAUCUUUCCUUGGUGUGCAAGGAUGGCACUAUUCUCAAAUGUCACAAGAUGGUACUGGCAAAUUCGAGUUCGUUCUUUCGUCGACUGUUGGUAGCCAACGAUCAUCCGCAUCCGAUGAUUAUCCUCCACGACGUCGAAGCCGACGACCUCAAGACUCUCAUAAAUUUCAUGUACUGCGGCGAGAUACAGGUAGUUCAAAGUGAGGUUAGACGAUUGCUCAAGCUAGCCGAAAUCCUAGAGGUCAAUGGACUACGACAGAUCCCGACAUCGGUGCUGUUUACGGAAAGAACAAAUAACACCGCGAAGGAACUCGACACGUUGAAAAAGAUCAACACAGUGUCACGACCGAAACUAGAAGAAACUAGUCCUAAGAGCUUGUCCAGUAGGAGUGACAGUAGGAAUAUCAGCUCUGAACACGAAACGAGUCUAUCGAGGACGCAGGGUAAAGCAAGAUUUGUUCCUUACAAAAUACCACCUAAAGUUCCUCAGGACGCGACGAAGAAGAAGGAGGAGAUUAAUGUGACUGAGUUGUGCCAACGUCUGGAGGCCAGCAGUUCUGGUAUCAGUAUUAUAGAUAUUAACGAUAUGCCAAGUACAAGUAAAGGAUUGCCAAGUGGACAAUUAGCCACACAGCAGAAGAGAAAAGAACCCUCGGAUCAAGUAAUCAGCUGGCCACGUGUAUUAUCCACGAUAUCAAAUGACAAGCCGUUACCGUUUGAGAAACUAUGCUGCAUUAUGGACGAGAUAGAAAUUACAGCUGGGAAACCAUCCUCUCAUGUGCCAGAUAAUAAGCGAAACGAGCCAUUAGACAGAAGGAAAUCUAAGAAGAAUCCUAGCGAACACGAAUUGAGCAUGAUUUACAUAAAGGACGAAAUCGAAAUAUCCUCAGAUGUGGAAGAAGACGCUGAUAUGGAUCCUCUCGAGGUCGAUGAGGUGGAUACAGAAUGUUUGGAAGUCAAUCAAGCAUCUAGUUCACAAACGCAACCAUUGUAUUCUCAACUAUCGUUCCACUCGUCAAGGAAAAGUACCCGUUCUCAUACUAACUUCUCUCCAAGAAAAAAAAUGGAUACGGAUAUAAAAAAUAAAAUAAGCUGUAACAAAGUAGACCAAGCAAAUCAUAUUAUUAAUGAAUUAAAUCCUGACAAAAACGUAACAGAAGAAGAAUUUCAAAAUUUUAUGCAUCGUGUUAUUGAAGUAGAAAAAAUCGUGAAGAAGUUAGCAUCUUCCGAUUCAAAAGAACAAGAAUGCGGACAAAAGUUAGCCGACGAAAUUUUAAAGAAAAACAUUCAAAAAGAAAUUUAUGAAGAUGGAGAGGUAAAGAUUAAAACCAAUCGCUCACUAAUUAAUAAAUAUUCUUCAAAGGAAGAUAAUUCUUCCAAUGAUCCGGACAAAAUGUCACGAGAGAUGUUCAUGAAGAGUGUGGAAGAUGACGCGAGAAAACGAGCCAAAGACCGUAAAAUCAGAAACGAGCGCGCAGAAACAUUGAAAAGAAUUGCAAAUGGUGCGUUCAAAGAAGGUGAUUACGAAAAAGCUGUAACUUAUUAUGAUAAAGCAUUAGAGCAACGUAAAGACUCCUCUGUAUUAUGGAAUAAUCGUGCAUUAUCAUAUAUAAAUCUUGGAUUAUUCGAAAAGGCUUUACAUGAUUGCGAAUGGGCGCUAAAAGUAAAUGAUGCAAACCUAAAAGCUCUUUUAAAUAGUGCUAAGUGUUACAUGCAUCUUGGGAACAAAAAGAAAAGUAACGAGUGCAUAGAAAUAGCUAAAGAAAAGAAUCCCCACUUCAACAAAUUUAUCAAAGAAUUUGAAGAAAAUAUAGAAAUUGAGUUUAACAAAUUCAAUACUCAAGUAAUCAAUGAAGUAUAAUAACCUUUUCCAAGAGGAUAAUAG